AAAAUUUUGAGGCCACCCACCACCCAUUGUUUGUGAAGAUUAGAAGCAAGGGAGAGCCACAAAACAAAAGCAGCGCCACGCGGCUGUCUUCUUAAUAAUUAGCCAUUGUGCAUUUUGUAGUCUCUCUCUCUCUCUGUCUCUUGUUUGAUAUAAUGGUGGUUCUAAGCAGUUUCCAGACAAUGAAAUACCCAUCAGUGAGGCAAAGGCAUGGCAAGUUGAUGGGAAUCCGAUGCGGAGUGCCGGCCGAGAAGACGCAGUACAAAGACGGGGUUUUGGAGAGGGCAUUUAUGGGUCUGUUUGCAAAGAAGAUGGAGAAAUUUGGGAAAAGAGGAGAUGAUGAUGAUGAGAAGAAGAAAAAGUGGAUAUUUGAUUACGAUUACGAGUCUUUUGUUGAGGUGUCGAGAGGAGUGAUGAUGGGAAGGUCGCGGGCGCAGCAGCAGCAGCUCGUGCGUCAGGUGCUCCUCUCCAUGCUACCUCCUCAAGCUCCUGCUCAGUUCAGAAAAUUGUUUCCACCCACAAAAUGGGCUGCAGAGUUCAAUGCGGCAUUAACAGUACCUUUCUUCAACUGGUUAGUUGGGCCUUCUCAGGUUAUCGAAGUGGAAGUCAACGGAGUGAGGCAAAAAAGUGGGGUCCUUAUAAAGAAAUGCCGGUAUCUGGAGAACAGUGGGUGUGUGGGAAUGUGUGUUAACAUGUGCAAAAUACCCACACAAGACUUCUUCACCAACGAGUUUGGACUUCCAUUAACGAUGACCCCAAAUUUUGAAGACAUGAGCUGCGAGAUGGUGUAUGGGCGAAUUCCUCCAAAGUUUGAGGAUGAUCCAGCAUCCAAACAGCCUUGCUUAGCCCAUUUUUGCUCUAUCGCGCAACCUAAUUCAACCAUCUGUCCUAAACUACAAGCAUGAAAGCAUACAACAAGCUAAGUCCUUGUGUUGUGGACAAUCUUUUGGCACGCACCUCACGUGACAAGGAAGGAAUCACACAAAAAAUAGCCCACAAAGUUCCCCCGUUGGAAGUAUGAGGGUCAUCACCUAACUAAUAUAAUUACACAAAAAAAUACUACAGUACUAAAACUACAUUUACAUUUAUUCAAGUAUUUGAACUAUGUUCAACAAUCAAAAUUCUCAUCAGAGAUCACUUUUUUUAUUUUCUACGCUCCAUAUUCCGGAUUUUUUUUUUUUUUUUU